GGGCCGGGCCUGGCGGCGCGGGUCCCGGGCGGUGCCGCAGUCCCUGCGUGCCCACGAGCCAUGGCCCAGCCCCGCGCCGAGGCGCUGCCCGGGCCCGAGACGCCGGUGCAGAUCCGCGUCGCCAUCCAGGAGGCUGAGGACGAGGACGAGGACCUGGGGGCGGAGCUGAGCGGCGCGGGCGGCCGGGCCCGGUACCUGAGUCCCGGCUGGGGCAGCGCCGGAGAGGAGGAGCCGGGCCGCGGGCACAGUGGCGCCACGACCAGCGGGGGCGAGAACGAGGGCGAGGAGCUGGAGGAGGCGUGGAAGCCGCCGGACCCCGAGCUGGUGCGGAAGCUGGUGGAGCAGAUCGAGUUCUACUUCUCGGACGAGAACCUGGAGAAGGACGCCUUCCUGCUGAAGCACGUGCGCAGGAACAAGCUGGGCUUCGUGAGCGUCAAGCUGCUCACCUCCUUCAAGAAGGUGAAGCACCUCACUCGAGACUGGAGGACCACAGCGCACGCCCUGCAGUUCUCGGGGACCCUGGAGUUGAACGAGGACCGCCGCAAGGUGAGGAGGACCACUCCCGUCCCGCUCUUCCCCAACGAGAGCCUCCCCAGCAAGAUGCUGCUGGUAUACGACCUGCACCUGUCCCCCAUGCCCUGGGCCCCUGCCACCUCCCAGAAGAACGGACGGCUGCAGGAGAGGGUCAUGGAGCACCUCCUCAGGGUCUUCGGGACUUUUGGGGUCCUCUCGUCUGUGCGGAUCCUCAAGCCUGGGAGAGACCUGCCCCCCGACAUCCGGAGGAUCGGCAGCCGCUACAGCCAGGUGGGCACGCAGGAGUGCGCCAUCGUGGAGUUCGAGGAGGUGGAGGCGGCCAUCAAGGCCCACGAGUUCAUGAGCGGGGAGGGCCAGGAGGGCAUGAAGGCCGUCCUCAUCGGCACGAAGCCGCCCAAGAAGAAGCCCCUCAGAGACAGGAACCCCAGCGACGAGGCCUCGUCCAGCACCUUCCUCCACAAGUCCCCCAACAGGAGGGUGGAGGAGCUUCAGUACGCGGGCGAUGAGUCCUCUGCCAACAGCUCCUCGGACCCAGAGAGCAGCCCCCCGUCCCCCAUGGCCGGCCGGCGGCCCGUGGUGGCCAAGCUCAGCCCCUCCAGCCACCACCAGAGCCUCUUCCUGAGCCCCAACGCCUCCCCGUGCUCCAGCCCCUGGAGCAGCCCCUCUGCCCAGCGCAAGGGCGUUUCCAGAAAGUCGCCCCUGGCCGAGGAGGGCAGACCGCAGGCGGGUGCUAGCCCCGAGGGCGGCCGCAAGGGUGCGGAUUACUCCUCCGACAGCAGCGUCACCCCCUCAGGCAGCCCGUGGGUGCGCAGGCGCCGCCAGGCUGAGAUGACGGUACCCACGCCAGAGAGGAGCCCCGGAGCCAGCCCCCUGCUCCCCAGGAGGAUCCAGACCGCCGACGGCUUGCCUGUGGGGGUGCUGAGGCUGCCCCGGGGCCCCGAUGACACGCGCGGCUUCCACGGCGGCCAGGAGCGGAGCCGAGCCAGCGUCUAGCUAUCAAACCAGCCAUGCUUUCCAGGGUUCUGACAUGCUCGGCAGGCAACGUGGGAAUUGACACAUCUGUCACCCAGGCCUUCGGGCACAGCGACUCCUCUGUGAGGGUGUGGGGUGCAGACCCUCCCUGGGGAGGCCCCUGACAGGCCUGGGUCUGUCCAUGGCUGGCCUGGGCCUGUCUGCGGUAGGCUGUGCUCUGAUUUCCCAAGAUUCUUAGUUCAGUGGCCAAUACUUAGCCCAAAGCAUGGCGCCUACUCCCAGGACCGAUGCCUGCUUCCUGUCAAGUGAAUAAACCAUAAAACACCCGGGGACGUGGUCCGGUAUC